AUGAAUAAGAAUGUCAUUGUUUGUUUUUUCUUUGCUUUAGCCAUUGCAACAACCAUGAUUGAUCACACGUCUGGUGUUGUUACAUGUCAACAAGCAAUCACGCCUUUACUUCCGUGUCUUUCGUUUUUUAGAGCACCCGGUCCUGCCACUCCGAGCCCACAAUGUUGCUCGGCUGCCCAAGGUCUUGACAGAAUUGCAGCUGGAUCCAGACCCGAUCGCCAAGCAAUUUGUCGGUGUAUUAAGGCGGUUUUUACUUCUGGACAAUUUCAAAUUAAUUUGAAAAAUGCUAAAGCUAUUGUCCCUCUUUGUCGCCUUUCCACUAAUAUCCCUAUUGAUCCUAAGACUAACUGUGAUAUGUGA